AUGGCGGCCGAUUCCACGCCGCCACAGUACGCCACCGCCGUGGUCGCGGCGCUCCGCGCGCGAAACUCGCAGUGCGGCGCGGCGUGCCGUGUCACACACUCGUGUCAGGCACUGCUCGCCGCGCACGCCGAGCUGCGGCGCGACGUGCAGCGGCAGCAGAAGCGGGCCGACCUGGCGGGAAAGGAGAAGCACGACAUGCAGGCGGACCUGGCGCUGCUGCGCGAGAACGAGGCCAACGCGGGCGUCUCGCGUGCCCACAUCGAGUCGCUGCAGGAGCAGCUCGAGCUCGCCAAGUCGCAGGCGGAACGUGCGACGCGAGAGGCGGUCGCCGCAAAGGCGCGCGCGGACGCAUCGGUCGAGACGUCGGAGAAUGUGGCCGCCAAGCUGUCGACGGUGAGCGACGAGCUGCUCGCCACGCGGGCAGAGGCGGCGGCGCAGACCUCGCGCGCGCAGGCUGCGGAGGAGCGGGUCGCCGCCCUCAGCGCGGAGAAUGCGCGGCUGCUCUCAAAGUUGAUGGAGGCGAUGGAGGCGCAGGCGCGCGCAAUGGAGGAGGAGAUCGUGGCGCACGAGGCGCGGCAGCGCAGCGCUGCCGAGACGGCCAGCGGCGCGGAUGACGCAGCCGCGGCCCCGGCAGAUGAGCCCGCGAGCGGUGACGGAGGCAGUGGCACGGCGGCCACGUGA